CAGUGAUUACGGGAAUAAAUAUUGACCAAUCAGAUUCAUUUUAUUCCGGACGUCCUACUAAAAUUCAAAAGUCUUAUCAAAACUCAAAACUUUUACCAAAACUCAAAACUAUUACUAAAACUUUAACCAAAACUCAAAAGUUUUACCAAAACUCAAAACUUAUACUAAAACUCAAAAGUCUUACCAAAACUCAAAACUUUUACCAAAACUUGAAAGUCUUACCAAAACUCAAAAGUUCUACUGAAACUCAAAAGUCUCACUGA